AUGACUAGAUUUGCCAGACAUAAGAAAGCGAAGAAACCAAUUGGAGAAGACGCAACGUCAUGGGAAGAUAUGAAAGAAACAAUGACCGCCGGCGAUAAGCGAAAGGAAGAAAAACGUUUGGAAAAAAAGCGAAAACGAGAAUUGAAAAAGAUCUGUUUUCGGUGUCGAACGCCAGGACAUUCGAUGAAUGAAUGCACGGCGGAAGUAGCUGACGAACAGAAGAAGAAACGUGAAGUCAAAACUGGUAUUUGUUAUAAAUGCGGAUCAACGGAACAUCGAUUACAGCAAUGCACAGUAAAAGGCGAUUCAUUUGCCUAUGCAACAUGUUUUGUAUGUGGCAAACAAGGACAUUGGUCACGUUUAUGUCCAGAUAAUCCCAAUGGCUUAUAUCCCAAUGGUGGAUGCUGCAACGAAUGUGGGUCGAAACAGCAUUUCAAAAGAGAUUGUCCCACAUUGAUGAAAAAACAAGGUAUUGAUGAUCAAGAACUACCUUGUUUGACAUCUACAACUAAUAAUAUCGAUGAUAAUGUUGAAUCGUCCAAAGAGAAGACGAUUAUAAAUAAAAUGAAAAUCGCUAUAGAAGGUUGCUGUCACGGUGAAUUAGAUCGUAUCUAUGAAACAAUCAAUCAAAUUGAGACUGAACGACAAAUUAAAAUUGAUCUACUAUUAAUCUGUGGCGAUUUCCAAUCUGUACGUAAUGAACAUGAUUUGCAAUCCAUGGCUGUGCCACCAAAAUACCGUUCUAUGCAAGAUUUCUGGCGUUAUUAUUCUGGAGAAAAACGUGCGCCGGUACUAACGAUUUUUAUCGGCGGUAAUCACGAAGCAAGCGAUUUUCUCAUUGAAUUACCAUAUGGUGGUUGGGUCGCACCGAAUAUAUACUACAUGGGUUAUGCAAAUGUUGUUAAUUUCAAUGGCUUGCGUAUCGGUGGCCUAUCAGGAAUCUAUAAACCGCAAGAUUACAACAUAGGACGUUAUGAAUUACCUCCAUUUGACGAAAGAACCAUUCGUUCGAUAUAUCAUAUACGAAGUUUAGAUGUUUACAGGAUGAAACAAGUACAACAAGGUAAACUCGAUAUUAUGAUGUCACAUGAUUGGCCGCGAGGUAUUGUUUGGUAUGGAGAUACACAACGUUUAUUACAGCGUAAACAAUAUUUUCAUGAAGAUAUAUAUACGAAUAAACUUGGCAGUGAACCGCUCGAAGAAGUUUUACUUCAAGUUCAACCGAGAUAUUGGUUUGCUGCGCAUUUACACGUGAAAUUCGCGGCUUUAGUAGAACAUACUAACGGCCAAUCUACACGUUUUCUCUCUUUGGAUAAAUGUUUACCAGGACGAGACUUCUUACAAGUUCUUGACAUUGAACCAAUAGUUCCAGCAACUAAUCCAACCAAUCGCUUAUCUCUUGAUCCCGAAUGGUUAUGUAUUCUAAGUAAAACUGAUCAUCUCUUGCAUGUCCAAAGAACUAAUACCUUCUUACCAUCACCGUCACAAACUUUGUUUACUCCAACAGAAGAAGAUUACCGGAAAGUUCAUGACGACUUUUCGAAUACCUUCGAGAUUCCGGAAAUGUUUGCUCCGACAGGUCCUGUACAUAGACCAGGUUUAGGCAAUACUCCAAUUGAUGUUGAACAAUUGCGAAAAAACAAUCCUCAAACAGAGUUAUUAUGUCUUAUGCUUGGCAUACGAAAUCCGAUUGAUGUUAUUCUUAAUCGACAGAUUCAACCUGUAACAUUAGAUCAAAGCAAUUAA